UGGAAAUUUGGUAUUUUAAACAAAGACAGUUCUCCAACAAGUUCUAUUAGCUAUAAUAGCCCAAAUGACCUUAACUAUGUAAUUACAAUCCCUGUUAACAAUAUAUUUUACGAUUCAGCUGUUCUUGCAAUCGAAUAUACUUUAUUAUCUCCUUCUUCUACAAUAUUGAUGAAUACU